UCAAAAUCAAAAGGAUGAAGCGUAUGACAAAAGCCUUCCAAUUGAGCGCGAAGCAGGUUCGCGUAGCAGACAGGGGGAGAGAGAGAGAGGAGGGGGAAGAAGACGGACGCAGCGACGAAGACAUCCGGCGAUUGGCGAUUGUAGGAGACCGACUGGCGUCGAGCAAUAGCGGAAGAAAAGACGAGCGACAAAGAACCACAUUGUCAAUGAACAAUAUGUCUAUUCUAAUGCCAUUCAUGUAUUCUGCACCUACAAGCUAUCGAGUAUUGCUUAACAAUGCAAGUGGUUAUGAGUUCGGGUUACUAGAUUCACAUGCCCCAAACAAUCCUACAUGUAGUCAGGCGCCACAGUAGCAUGGGCAUGAUAAAACAGUUGAUACAUUGAAAGCACAUGAUCAUGAUGGAAUUUAAUGGAUUAGAAAUUUGUCUUUGUUUCCUUGUGAAAGUUGUUUUUGAUGUAUUAAGUACUCACUGUUAUUUGGGAUUUAUUAGCGACUUCGUUCUAAAUUGUACUCUUUAUUUUUUCUAGGUGAUCUCUGGUUGCAAUUUUGGGUUAUGAUUUUGAGGAUUGA